AUGAAUCGUCUCAGCUCACCAAGAACGUGUCUCAGUUCCGAGAAGCACGACGACCGGAUAAAGGACCACCUACUGCACUACCUUGGGUGCCUCGAAUUCAGCGAUCGAGAAAGCUUUUUCGAUGAGCUGGCCUCCGAAAAGAGGGAGGCUUGGAAGAAAAAUUGCCACAGCGAAUUGCGCCGUAUCGACUUCCUCCGUGUGAAGCUUGCUGAGGACGACAAUGACAAUCACCUGGUGGAUCAGGUGGAAAAUAGCCUUGAGAAAUGGCGCAAGUCUACCGAAUACGAGGCUAACAUUGGCAGAGUGAAGGAAUGGCGCCUGAAGAAUGGGAAAAAGAACGCCCAAACCCCCUCUAUAGGUAAAAGGGAGCUCCAGGAAUAUGUGCCGAAGAAGGACUAUGUGCCGAAGAAGGACGUUUCGGUGCCUAUCAUUCAGAUCGAAAACCGCCGAGGUGUGGAUGAGGAUGAUGAUCGAGUUUGGGGCAAAUUCCCGAACCAGAAGACCAACGUAUUCCAGCUACUGAAGCAAGAUGAGAAAGAAAAGAACUUGCUCUGCAAAGAACGUCAUCCCAAUCGAAUCAGAUAUUUCCAUAUUCCAUCGAACAACAUGAAGUGGGCUGAAGAAGCAAUCAGCGCGUACUUCACCGAGGAUCCUCCUGACUUCGACGCCAUACAUAGCGAGGUGGGCCCGGCCAAGACAAGAGCUUACAUGGUUCUACGAGAGCCCUAUUGGCGUAGCCAGAUGCACGGAGGGUCGCCAGCACCACCCCAUGCUCGAUACCUCAGACCACUGUGCUCUACGGUGUCUUCAUCAACUAACAAGGAAACGGACGGCUUCCCUAAGAACCUGGUGCUGUUUAUGCCUUACCUUCAUUGGGAUACUUCGAGGAAGCGAGAGCAGUUCGCUGGAGAGAUCGAUAGGAUCAUGAUGGAGGCCGACGUGAAGUCCAAGGAAGUUGAAGAGAACGAGAAAAGGCUUCGUCAAAGUAGACGGGAGGAUCUCCAUGAUGACCUGAAGCGCCCACAUCCCGGACAGUCGAAGUCAACGCGCAAAAUAGAGACAAUGAGUACGCUUGUGUGGAACAUGACGGGUGUGAAGCCAAUCCGCCCACAAGCCGAACAUUCCAAGUCAGUGCCCAAGAUAGAGACAAUUAGUACGCUUGUGGGGAACAUGACGGACGUCACGAAAAUGAACGCAUUCAAGAACCGACUGCCGGUGGAUGAGAAAGGCCGCGUGGAGGUGGUAAACCCCCUUGGGCAAUACCUCCUUGACGCCGCGAGACUCUACGAAGGCAUUAGCAACUAUCGAGACAAAAUGCUUCUACGGGCUUAUCUCUCCCAGGACCCUCCCAUGCAUCCACGUCGGACCCUCGACCAAGCCUACUACUGGACCAUCAACUCGACCAGGAAAAGAGAUCGCGACCAGGUUGUGUACCGUGGCACUACCGCGAAACCCGAAAGGUUCCACUCGUACAACCGCGAAGCUUGCAAAUGGACUGAACACGAGGACUUCGACAUCAAGGGACAAUGUGGGGAAUGCCGAGAAAACAUCAAAAAGGUUUCCAGGGUCAUAAUGGUUGACCAACUCUGGAUGUGGAUCUUAGACGAGAAGACCAUCAUCACUUGCUUUCCCAAGCGCUACGGUACCAACAAGAAUGACUCAUCCGGGGUUCAGAAGUCCAUCCGAGUACGCCUUAAAGACAAUGGUCCGGACCAGAUCCGCACUGUGUUCGAUCUGGGCCUCAUAGUCAUUGACGAAUGUUCCAAUACCUUCUUUGAUCGCACCAAGACAGCCGAUCGUCAGCCGCAAGUCAUUGAUGAAUUCUCCAAAGCCAUUGGCAACAUUAUGCAUAAGCAAACGGUUGCAUUCGAGAGGCUCUGGCGUUGGACUGACGAAGCGCGCGAUGUUUAUCGGUCGAACAGUAACGCGGAUACGUCGAAUCUGCACGUGCCUCUACUUGACAUUAACCCCGAAGGCAAGAUCGAACGAGAAAUUAAGGAUAUCAUCGAAGAACUUGAUAUCAUGCUACACAUCAACAAGACGCACAGCGAGGUCCUGAAGAACUUCAUCUUCAACGUCGAGCACAUUUUGGACCCUGAUGGUUCAUUCGGGAAAGCGUACAAGCGCGGCAAGACAAGCCGAAACCAUGUGGCGGCAGCUCGGCGCAAAGACGGAAGACCAACAAGCCAGGGCAGCGGGAGUCAGCCUACUCCAGACCACCAGGUAGAGAAACGCAAGGAUGACUAUCAUUGGUUCAAGCUCAACGCCGAUGAGCGCCUCGCGAGCGUUGCAAGGCGCAUCGAAGAGCUUGAAGAGCUGCGAAGCAGUGCUUUGAGUACUGCUGAAAGCGUCAAAGUUCUCCUCGAACUCAAACAACAACAAGCAGGCGUUGUCCAGGCUUGGCAAGCCGUCAAACAGUCUCAAGAGACUAUCAAGCAAGGCCGUUCCAUCAUGAUGUUCACACUUGUUACCAUCGUCUUCCUCCCGCUCUCUUUCUUGUCGAGUGUAUUCGGGAUGAACAACAUCGAGUUCUCUGGCGAUAGCUGGAGCAUUCGUGAGGAAUUCAAGUACAUGUUCCCCAUCUCCGCGGGUGUCAUCUUCCUCAGUCUGCUCUUUGCCUUCAGCGCCUGGGUCCGAGCCGGCAUCUGGUACCUCUACAAGUGGCUCGAAACAGCCGUUGUGGUGCAUACCGGUAUCUAUGAUCUGUGGCUCGACCUCAACAGCCCCAGCAAGGAAGUCCACCAGAGCAUCACGGAGUGGGCGGAACGGCAGAAGGCCGAGAGGAGGAGGACGUGGCUCGACCGCAAACGACAAAAGCGAGAGGAGCUGGACAAAGAGAAGGAGAAGCAAGCAGAGGUGCAGUCGCAACAAGAGGCCAGUAUGACAAGUGCGCGGGAGCCACCACGCAACGGCGUCCGCUUCGAAGAGACGACGACUGGAUACGAGAGUUCGUUACAGAGUAAGCUAGCGAUCCUUCAGACCGCGCAGCGUCCGACACUGAGUGAUAUGGAACGAGGUGAGGCGGGGACUGGCGAAUAG